AUGGUCAAUGAGAUUGAAUCAUCAAAAGGGAAGGUGAUGGAAUAUGAUACGCAGAAGAAGAAUCCUGUAUAUCAUCUAGGAUCGAGUGAUGGACCAGGAACUAUCAUCACUCCAAUAGUUAUGAGAGGGAAUAAUUAUGAUGAAUGGGCUAGAGCCAUAAGAAGAUCGCUGAUAGCCAAGAGAAAAUAUGGUUUCAUUGAUGGAACCAUCAAGCGACCUGAAGAUCCAGAUCAGUUAGAAGAUUGGAUAGCAGUGCAAUCAACGUUGGUGUCAUGGAUUGGUAACACGUUGGAGUUGUCGGUAAGAUCAACCCUGGGAGAUUAUGAGGAUGCAAGUCUAUUAUGGGCACACCUGAAGAGAAGAUUUUGUGUUGUUAGUGGAACAAGAAUAUGUCAACUAAAAGCAUCUUUAAGUGAAUGUAAACAGAAGAAAACAGAGGGAGUUGCUAUAUAUUUUGGCAGAUUGAACAAAAUAUGGGAUGAGAUGGUGACUUAUAUGAAGAUACCGCAAUGCAAGUGUGGACAGUGUACAUGUAAUAUCGCAUCUCAGGUAAGUAUGUUAAGAGAAGAAGAUUUCUUGCACUAUUUUCUGAUUGGGUUAGAUUCUGUAUAUAGUUCUUUGCGUGAACAAUUGCUUGCAAGGGAACCAUUGUCGUCUGUAGAUGUUGCGUAUCAAACCAUUGUGAACUCAGAACGCCUAAAGAUUGGAGAUGGAGUAGUACCUACAGAGAUGCAAGAGAAUAUUAUGGCCUUCAAAGUGCAAGCUGAUCAACGCCUACUUAAUAGUGCUUAUGAUCCCACCAAAAUGGUGGGGAGACAGACCAAAGAAUGGCAGAGGAGGAAGAACUGGAGAAAGAGGACGUGCUGGAAGAGGAGGUAG